ACUUUUCUUUUUCUCUUUUUACUUAUGUAUCCCAACACCUCAAUGAACUUGUUAAUUAGCCCAUUUGAACCAAGUCAAGUUCCAUUUGUUCUUGACGAUGUGAAUUCGACUCAGCCAUUGGAUAUACCUUUUGAACAAGACAUGUCAUUUUAUCCUCUGUCAUCUUCAUUACCUCCAUUGGACUUGGUAAAUGUCGAAUACAAUUAAUUCAAUUUUUGACAAAAAAAAACUAGAUGAAUGAAUUCAUUUCACAUUCACCAGGAUCUUCUUCUUCAGUUGAAUCCAAUCUGAUUUCAUCACCUCAAUAUUUGGUCUCAACAAGACGAUCGUCUUCUGUGCCACCUCACUUGAACACAUUGAAACCCCAUUCGCAGGAUAGCAGCAAUAUGUACAACCAGCCUCAAGUUACACAGACAACUCACCCUCUUCCCAUUCAGAUUCAACGAGUGCUCACGAACCACCAGCCAGCCGUCAAUCGCACAAUAGACCCAGAAGAAUAUCGCCGUCAAUUGGACGAAAAACUUGAAAAAGUAAAUUUCGAUGAUAUCACAGUGGCUGAACUUAAAGAACUACUGCGGGAACGAGGAUUAUCUGCCAUGGGUCGCAAAGCUGAUUUAUGGAACCGACUCAAAGAAGAAUAUGAUUUGCUCAUGAGCAGGAAAAAUGGCUCACCGGCUGCUGCUUUACCACGCCGCUUGUCCAACCUGAAUCUAGGCUCACCUAAACGACAACCUCGUUUGUUCUCUCCUUACUCUCCUCCUAAGCGACUCUCCAGUGAGCCUCGUCUUGCUUCUUCUGUGCCUGACCAUCACACUUCGUCUUAUCUAAAUGAACAGUUUAUGCGAAAAAGACCUUCUAGUCUUCGUAAAUCAAUCCAAUCGGAACAGAGCAAGUCUCCACCAAUUUCAGAUGACAUUUGGGAUGAUCAGACACUUGAAAAAUUUCUUCGAGAAAUUUAACCAUGUACAUAACUUGUUAGAAUAAUAAUAAUAAUAAUAAUAAAAGAUGUUUAUUCUGCU